AUGUCUCAGACACUGGCUGUGAAGCCCAGUCAUGCUACAGCUGAAACAGACACUUCUCGCAUCACAGACCAAUCCACAACUCAGGAAAAAAAUCCAGUUCAUUUGCCUCACCAGAGCAGUGAAGAUAUCCCCUCUGCCACUGCCCCGAAUGCCGGACAGCAAUGUUUCAAUUGUGGUACGACACGGACUCCAUUAUGGCGCCGCUCUCCCGAGGGGAAACUCAUAUGCAACGCCUGUGGUUUGUACCUCAGGGCCAACAAUGCACAUCGCCCUGUGAACUUGAAGAAGCCGCCCAACUAUGUUACUAUCUCUUGGGGCGAAGCUAGGGAGUCCAAGGGAUCCUGUCAGGGAGACGGCCGCUGUAAUGGGAUGGGUGGGAAAGAAGCCUGCCUUGGAUGCCCUGCUUUUAAUAACCGCGUGGUUGUUCUGGCAAGCCAUGGCGCCGUCGGUUACUCGAAUCACCCAACUUCUGUCUCACAAAACUCAGGCCAUGAAGGAUCCCCGCACCAAUCCAUGGGGUCACCCACUUCCUCCAGUGACCACGACGAUACGGGAGAUUCUACCUUAGAUGGUGCCGAAGCUCUAGCUAUCGCAUGUACCAAUUGUCACACAACUAUUACGCCGUUAUGGAGGCGUUCCCCUCUGGGCUCCACCAUCUGUAAUGCAUGCGGAUUGUAUUACAAACUUCACAGCCAACACCGUCCUGUAAAAUUGAAGAAAGCAACCAUUAAAAGAAGAAAAAGA